AUGCCGAAACCAAUCAAUGUAAGAGUAACAACGAUGGAUGCUGAGUUGGAAUUUGCCAUUCAGCCCAACACAACUGGCAAACAGCUUUUUGACCAGGUGGUGAAAACAGUUGGUUUGCGUGAAGUCUGGUUUUUUGGGCUGCAGUACAUGGACAGCAAGGGCUAUUCUACAUGGCUUAAACUAAAUAAAAAGGUGACACAGCAAGAUGUUAAAAAAGAGAAUCCUUUGCAAUUCAAAUUUAGAGCUAAAUUCUUUCCUGAAGAUGUUUCUGAGGAAUUAAUUCAAGAAAUAACCCAGAGACUUUUCUUCUUGCAAGUUAAAGAAGCUAUAUUAAAUGAUGAGAUAUAUUGUCCACCAGAAACUGCAGUUCUUUUGGCUUCUUAUGCUGUCCAAGCCAAGUAUGGAGAUUAUAAUAAAGAGAUUCAUAAACCAGGCUACCUGGCUAAUGACAGACUCCUCCCCCAGCGUGUUUUGGAGCAACACAAACUGACAAAAGAACAGUGGGAAGAAAGAAUACAGAAUUGGCAUGAAGAACAUAGAGGAAUGCUAAGGGAGGAUUCUAUGAUGGAGUACUUGAAGAUUGCACAGGAUCUAGAAAUGUAUGGAGUCAACUAUUUUGAAAUAAAAAAUAAGAAAGGAACUGAAUUGUGGCUAGGUGUUGAUGCUUUGGGUCUGAAUAUUUAUGAACAUGAUGACAAGUUAACACCUAAAAUUGGUUUUCCCUGGAGUGAAAUCAGAAAUAUUUCAUUUAAUGACAAAAAAUUUGUUAUAAAGCCAAUUGACAAAAAGGCACCUGAUUUUGUUUUUUAUGCACCUCGUUUAAGAAUCAAUAAGCGGAUUUUGGCCUUAUGCAUGGGAAACCAUGAACUGUACAUGCGAAGAAGGAAGCCUGACACUAUUGAAGUACAGCAGAUGAAGGCCCAGGCUAGAGAAGAGAAACAUCAGAAGCAGUUGGAAAGGGCUCAAUUAGAGAAUGAAAAGAAGAAAAGAGAAAUAGCAGAAAAGGAAAAGGAAAGAAUAGAACGUGAAAAGGAAGAGCUAAUGGAACGUCUGAGACAAAUUGAAGAACAGACAAUGAAAGCCCAGAAAGAAUUGGAAGAACAGACUCGAAAAGCUCUAGAAUUGGACCAGGAACGAAAACGAGCAAAAGAAGAAGCAGAAAGGCUUGAAAAGGAGCGUCGAGCUGCUGAAGAGGCCAAGUCUGCUCUAGCGAAACAGGCUGCCGACCAGAUGAAGAAUCAGGAGCAGCUGGCAGCAGAACUUGCCGAAUUCACUGCCAAGAUUGCCCUUCUCGAGGAAGCCAAGAAGAAAAAGGAAGAGGAGGCUACUGAGUGGCAACACAAAGCUUUUGCAGCCCAGGAAGACUUGGAAAAGACCAAAGAAGAGUUAAAGACUGUGAUGUCUGCCCCGCCUCCGCCUCCACCACCACCAGUCAUUCCUCCGACCGAAAAUGAACAUGACGAGCAUGAUGAGAAUAACGCCGAGGCUAGCGCUGAAUUAUCAAAUGAUGGGGUAAUGAACCAUAGAAGUGAGGAGGAACGUGUGACAGAAACACAGAAAAAUGAACGUGUUAAAAAGCAACUUCAGGCGUUAAGUUCAGAAUUAGCCCAAGCCAGAGAUGAAACCAAGAAAACACAAAAUGAUGUUCUUCAUGCUGAGAAUGUUAAAGCAGGCCGUGAUAAGUACAAGACUCUGCGACAGAUUCGGCAAGGCAAUACAAAGCAACGUAUUGAUGAGUUUGAAGCAAUGUGGGGACCCAAACUGUAUGCAUUGUUCCAGAUGCGUUCUUGCCAAAGCAGUAUAAAGCAAAUGUAA